UGCAAGUGCAUGCUGCAUGUGUGUGUGUAGAUGGAUAUGGAGAAGUGUGAGUUGAUGGAUAAUUGUAAUACAAAUUUAUGAUGAAAGGUUGAACUGCUAAGGAAUAGCUCAAUGUUGAAGGCUCGUCCCUGGUUGUAUCUCAGCAAAUCGUUCUCAUCAGCUUUUCACACCUUGAGAAGGAUUCUCGUUGUAACCAUGUCGACGAAAACCCCUGGUGGUAUUUUUGAUCCACCAAUAUGCACACUGACUGAAGACAACCUCAGUUUAAAUCGUAAACUUUUCAGAAAAACCGUGCAAGUCCCAGCCGUUCAUUUUGAUAAGAAGCUCGCAAAUAAAUGUCUGAAGGUUCUUAAAAGCCAAGCGGUGUGUCGUAAGAUGUUUUCAUUCUUGAGAAACAAUCCUCGGAAUUCAGAUGAGAAGGUACUCAUCUUGAACCCGAGUAAAGUUUCUUCAAAUGACAUUGCGACGUUGGAUGAACCUGGCAUCAGCUUCUUGAAGGAGUAUAACUUGGUGGAUAAGUUUGGAGACUUCGAGCUUGAUUUGGAGUACAAUGAUUGGACUUACGACGAGAUCUUACGGUCUCUGUUGCCAGGAGGAGUUGAGGUGCCCACUGGUUUCAGUAGGAUUGGACAUAUCGUUCACUUGAAUCUGAGAUCAGAACAGUUGAAGUACAAGCACAUCAUAGGGGAAGUUCUGAUUGAUAAAAAUCCAGGAGUGAAGACGGUAGUGAACAAGACUGGCGAGAUCAACAAUGAGUUCCGCUUCUUCAACAUGGAGCUUUUAGCCGGUGAAGACAACAUGGUGGCCAUCAGCAAGGAGCACGGACAUUCUUUUGAGUUUGACUUCUCUAAAGUUUACUGGAACCCCCGGCUGUCAACGGAACACACAAGAAUCGUCGAACUAUUGAACAGGGGAGAUGUUGUGUACGACGUCUUCGCAGGGGUGGGGCCUUUCGCCAUUCCGGCUGCAAAGAAAGGCUGCGUCGUACUCGCUAACGACUUAAACCCGGAGUCCUAUAAAUGGUUGGAACAUAAUGUGGGAUUGAAUAAAAUCAAACGUGGAUCGGUGAGGACUUUCAACUUGGAUGGAAGGGAGUUCAUCAAGGAGAUAGUUCGGAAGGAUCUUCUGAAGAUGGCGGAAGAUACAAGCACAAAUGAUAAAACUAAGAGGACUCAUGUUGUCAUGAAUCUACCGUCCCUCGCUAUCGACUUCUUAGACGUAUUCCCAAACUUUCUGAAGAAUGUUCCAUUAGAAGAUAGGGACCGGGUUCAACUUCCAACCGUGCACUGCCACUGCUUUUCAAAAGAGGAGGACACAGUGGGUGAUGUGCGACGGCGCGUUGAGGCAGUGCUCGGUCAUAACAUUGAGGGCGCUCUCAUACAUGAUGUCAGAGACGUGGCGCCUAAUAAGGAGAUGAUGUGCGCAUCAUUCCAAAUGCCAGCAGAUGUUGUAUUUGGCACAAAUGCAACUCCGGAUGAACCAGAGCUCAAGAAACCCAGGACAGAGUAACAGGAAAACUCAGAGGAAUGACAAAGACAUUUUAGGCUAUCAGGGAGCAUCUUAGAGUCUGGCACAUUCUAAACACUAAAAAGCCAAUGGACACUACAUGUAUUGGCACUCUAAAUAAUUGUUGGCAGAAAAACUUACUUGGUAACAAGCAAUGGAGAGCUGAU